GUAAAGGAGGGAGUAUUCACCGAUACAACUUGGAACUUUUCACUAUAACUUUCAUCUUCCAGCUCGCCCAGCACUUCACAGAGAGACUGAGGCCAGAAAUGGAAUUUCGUCCGUCGUCGUGGCGAUCUCGGAAACCGCCGCCGCCGGCGAAACAAUCAGACAUUUACUCCACCGUCGUCAUCCACGACAAUGACCGGAAAACCGAGGAAAAAGUAGACAAUUCAUCAGACCUCUACGCCACUAUGGUUUGCAAAGACGACGACGUUGUAAUAGAUGACCUAAACGAUGACGAAUCACUUCCUCCUUUACUCAAACGCCUCCCUAAGGACUUCGGCGGCGGCUCCGACGAUGACGUGGCAUCAAUCUCCGGCACGAUGAUUGUGAAAACCGAUCGAAGUUCAAAAUUCACCACUCCUAAACAACAUCAACCGCAGCAGCACACUGCUCGUUACAUGUCGUAUUGGGAUCGAGAUGAAAAAAGUCCUAGGAGAGCGAGAUACGAGGAUGAUGAUGAUGAUGAUGAUGAAGAUGAGGAUGAUGAGGAUGAGGAAGGUAAAUUUUCGACGUUUGUAGUGAAGGAUAAUGAUGAGUCCGAUUCGGGGACGAUGGUGAGGAGAACAGUUAAAAGUGAAGGUGUGGGAUCAACUAUGAGUAGAGCAGUGGCUAGUAUGCAAGCAGUAGGUGAGAUUGGAGGGAUUGGGAGACAAAGGAAUCGUGCUGCGUCUGAGGAGGAAGGGAGUGGUGGUGGUACUACAUUGAGGCCACAGGGGAGUAAAGUGUCCUCGAGUUCAAUACCGGAUAGUGUGACUAGGGAAGAUCCUUCAACUAAGUAUGAAUUGCUCCACGAGCUUGGGAAAGGUUCAUAUGGGGCUGUCUAUAAAGCUCGAGACUUGAGGACAUCAGAGAUGGUUGCCAUCAAAGUCAUAUCAUUAUCUGAAGGGGAGGAAGGCUAUGAGGAAAUUCGAGGUGAAAUUGAGAUGUUGCAGCAGUGCAGUCAUCCAAAUGUUGUCCGCUAUCUUGGUAGCUACCAAGGAGAAGAGUACCUUUGGAUAGUAAUGGAGUAUUGUGGAGGUGGAAGUGUUGCUGACUUAAUGAAUGUCACAGAUGAAGCUUUAGAGGAGUAUCAAAUAGCAUUUAUUUGUCGAGAGGCAUUGAAGGGCCUCUCCUAUCUGCACUCUAUUUUUAAAGUGCACAGAGAUAUUAAAGGUGGCAAUAUCUUGCUGACUGAUCAAGGAGAGGUUAAGUUAGGUGAUUUUGGUGUUGCUGCGCAGCUGACUAGAACCAUGUCGAAACGUAACACAUUUAUUGGCACUCCCCAUUGGAUGGCACCAGAAGUUAUUCAAGAAAGUCGUUAUGAUGGAAAGGUAGAUGUAUGGGCUCUCGGAGUGUCUGCUAUUGAAAUGGCCGAGGGUCUUCCUCCGAGGGCAACAGUGCAUCCAAUGAGGGUGCUAUUUAUGAUAUCCAUUGAACCAGCUCCAAUGCUUGAGGACAAAGAGAAAUGGUCUCUUGUAUUCCAUGAUUUUGUUGCCAAGUGCCUUACAAAAGACCCGCGACUUCGUCCAACUGCCUCAGAGAUGCUAAAGCAUAAAUUCAUCGAAAAAUCCAAAGCUGGAGCUUCUGUAAUGAUGCCGAAGAUUGAGAAAGCAAAGCAAGUUCGGGCAUCAAUGGCCUUGGAAGCGGAAAAGAUUGCUUCAGAGACUCCUUCACAACGAGACGAUGUCAUGGGAGGUCCAAAAGUGAAUGAUGAAUUUGGGGAUACUGUUCCCUCUAAGCCUAAAAAUGAUGAUGCACCUUCUACAAGCUUGGAGCCUGUUGGAGAAGGUGAUUUUGGGACUAUGAUAGUCCGAGAUGGAACUGAUGUGGAUAAGACAGCUAGUCACAUCAGAAAUGCAGAAGCAUCAUCUACUCUCCAGCGUGCUGGAAGUCCUUCCAUCCCCACUGUUGCUGGCAAAUCAAAUGUUCCCUGGUUGCUCAAUGACGUUGAUGUCAGUUCACCCGUUGGAAUGUCCCAGCUACAGAACAUGCAAGUGUCUUCUCCUGGAACCUUCCCUUCUCCUGAUCCGGGCCUAAAGGGAAGUACUACAUCUCAAGCAACUUUUAGCAGUGGUGGCUAUAAUACUGGAACCUUAAAAAGCGAAACUGUCAGUCGGAAAGCAUUGGACAAGCUUUGGUCCAUAUACUCGGCUGGUAACACGGUGCCAAUCCCAUUUCUGAGAGCAACCGACAUAUCACCAAUAGCACUCUUGUCUGACGAUGUGCUUGGGGACUGGCAAAGGGAUAAUAGUGGAAAGAUUGCUGUAGAAGCAAUGCAGGAACUAUUCUCCGGUGAUUCUCAAUCCAAGAAGGGCCGAAGCAGACAAAAUGAGGUUCCCCUUCCUCCAAGCGUGUACCAGAGACUAACCUCGAGUCCUACACUGAUGAAUCUUGCUCAGGCCUUAGCAUAUCAUAAGAUGUGCUAUGAAGAGAUGCCUCUUCAGGAAAUGCAAGCAUCUCAGGAACAACAAACGAUUCAGAACCUCUGUGAUACACUCAGAACUAUUUUACGAUUGUAAAUAAUUCUUGUUCUUAGUUGAAACCGUAAGAUUUUCUUCACCGUGUAAAUGUAGUUAUAUGUGCAUUUCUUAUCUCCUAAAUCUUGGGGUAGUUUUCUCUCUUCAGCUCCAGACCAAGCAUGCAUAAAUGCUGCUUUCCUUUCA